AAUAUAUCUGAUCCUUCUCAAUCUUUUAUAUUUAACCUAAUGCCAUUAAUUUCUACCCAUCACCAUCCAAUAGCCCAUUCAUGGAGUCUCAGGAUGAACUCCAGGAACCCAUUUUACAGUCACUGCCUGAUCCACCUGCCCAUUCUGAAGGGAACUCCAGGCUCGAAAAGGUGCUGAACGAUCACCAAUUGCCGUACUUCAAGCGCCUCCGUUUGGCUUCAUGGAUUGAACUUAAGCUCCUCUUCCGCCUGGCUGCACCGACAGUUUUUGUUUACAUGAUCAACAAUUUGAUGUCCUUAUCCACCAGAGUCUUCGCCGGCCAUCUCGGUAAUCUUGAGCUUGCUGCUGCCUCUCUUGGCAAUAGCGGCGUCCAACUCUUUGCCUAUGGCCUCAUGUUGGGGAUGGGAAGUGCAGUGGAAACUCUAUGUGGUCAAGCUUAUGGAGCUCACAGAUAUGAAAUGCUUGGCACAUACCUCCAAAGAGCAACGGUUGUGCUAACUAUAACUGGGAUACCAAUUACUAUGAUUUACCGUUUCUCAGAGCCUAUCUUGAUCUUACUAAGAGAGCCAAGCAAGGUGGCAGCAGCCGCAGUGUUUGUUUAUGGUCUAAUACCUCAAGUUUUUGCCUAUGCUGUGAAUUUUCCGAUACAAAAAUUCCUUCAAGCUCAGAGCAUAGUGAACCCACCUGCUGUUAUAUCAGCAACUACUCUUGUGCUGCACUUAUUUCUCACCUGGCUUGCAGUGUAUCAGAUGGGUUUGGGAUUAAUAGGCACUUCAUUGGUGUUAAGCUUGUCAUGGUGGAUCAUAGUUGGUGCCCAGUUUAUUUAUAUAGUAAAAAGUAGUAGGUGUAAGCGGACAUGGAAUGGUUUUACCUUGCAGGCCUUUUCUGGACUUUGGGAGUUUGUGAAACUAUCACUAGCAUCGGCAAUAAUGCUGUGCUUGGAGACUUGGUACUUUCAGAUAUUAGUGUUGAUUGCUGGUCUGCUCAAGAACCCUGAGAUUGCCUUGGAUUCCCUUGCUGUAUGUACGGCUGUAAGUGCGUUGCUAUUCAUGGUCUCAGUCGGAUUCAAUGCAGCUGCAAGUGUCAGAGUUAGCAAUGAAUUAGGAGCAGGGAAUCCCAAGUCAGCAGCAUUCUCAGUUGUGAUGGUGACUCUGGUUUCCUCCAUAAUAGCAGUUAUAGAAGCUGUGAUUGUGCUUGCUCUACGCGAUGUAAUUAGCUAUGCUUUCACUAGUGGAGAAACUGUAGCCAAUGCUGUCUCAGAACUUUGUCCUUUUUUGGCAGUCACCCUAGUACUUAAUGGCGUUCAACCAGUCCUCUCCGGGGUUGCUGUUGGGUGUGGAUGGCAAGCAUUUGUGGCAUAUGUAAAUGUGGGAUGCUAUUAUGUGGUUGGAAUUCCUGUGGGUUGUCUUCUUGGGUUUAGGUUCGAUCUUGGUGCAAAGGGAAUAUGGGGUGGGAUGAUAGGAGGAACUGUGAUGCAGACUUUUAUUUUAUUAUGGGUGACUUUGUGCACAGAUUGGAACAAAGAGGUAAAUGCUCAAAGGACUUUGAAUGAGUUUAAUUACUAUGCAUGAAUAUUAUACUGCCAGAUUUCUUGUUAAUUAUUUAUGAAUUAUUUCAAGUUAAUUAACAACUGAUAGGUACCCUCAAGAGUAUGUCAAGGGUAAAUCCACUUGUUGGCUCUGUGUUAAAAUAAUAAUAAUGAUAAAUUACAAUUACUGAAGUAUGGCGGUAUAUGCAUGUGAAAGGAAGGUAGUGGAAAUUGAGUCUGGACCCACAUCUUCUUUCCUUAUCUGAUACUCUUUUGUCCAGCAAGUGAUAUAUUAGCUAUAAACAGAGUGAUAUAUUAGAUGUAUAAGUCGGUUAUUUUAGCCACCGUAACCAACUCAUAUAUAUAUAAAACUCUUGUAUUUGUGUAAAAGAUAUAUGAGAGGUGUGAAGUGUGUGAGUAAUGAGAAAAUCUUAAAGAAAAAUAUUGUCUUCUCAUAUUGUAAUCUCUUCCACAUAUACUGAAAUUCUCUUCUAUUGUGUGUCUAUUUCUAUCUUUUUCUUCAACUCUGUUAUUGUUGUCAGAUAUAUUUCCUGUACCCAAACAACAAGAUCAGUUUAUAUA